GGGUUUAAAAAAGUGAGAAAAGAAAGGUUUGCAACAAUGCCUUUGGUAAUUCGUUGAAAGCAACGUUGUUAGCUGCACAGCUCGCUGGCUUGGUGUCUUGGUAUUCUGUCCGCCUCUCGCAUUCUCUCUAUUGAAUGCAGCUGAUUGAGUUUACGGAAGCUUUCAGGGACCAAUAGAAAGUUUAACAGAGAGCUGCACAAUGGGUCAUUUGGGUGUUUCUCACCAAGUCAAGUUCAUUGGUCAGCAUAAGGAAAAUGGAAGUAAACUUUCUUCCAGUAUUCCUAAGGUGGAGGAAUCAAAUGAUAAAGAAAAUAUCACUAAAGGUGAACCUAUCUUCAUGCCAAAAUUUAAAAAAAGAAAACGCCUUAGCCUAAAUCGUCUUAGAGAGAUUAAAGCGGAUAUGUGUGCCAGUACAAGGGAAAGUGGCAGCAGCAUGCCUGAAACAAAGAGUGAAAACAGAGCUAGGUGGUCAACUAAGAGGUAUAUGUUGGCUGAGCAAAGCAUGUGGGAGGUCUUAAAAGGUGAAGGUGCAACGUUUGAAAAUCCAAUUACCCGACCUGAAUUAAGAAUGGCUGUCCGUAAACACAUCGGUGAUACUGGACUAUUAGACCACUUACUGAAGCACAUUGAUGGUAGAUUGGCACCUGGAGGCACUGAGCGAUUUCGACGACGUUUCAACACCAAGGGAAUCAUGGAGUAUUGGUCUGAGAGUGCUAAUUUGGAUGAAAUCCACCAGGAGACUGGGAUGCAAGACCCUUACCAGAUACAACCGUCUAAAUUAAGGUCAGGAAGUGUUCCUAUGCAGAAUGUUGAUUCUAUUGAUGAACUGAAAAUGCUCAAAAUAGAAAUGGCCCAGAUGAAGAGGGACAUGCAGGAGCUCAUUGCAAAAAAGAAAGUAAAGAGGGAAAGGUGUUUGAUGGAGGAGACACAGAAAAGUUUUGUGAAUUGGAAAGCCAUGACUGAGGAGCGUGUAACUGAGAUUCUGACUUCUUUGAAGGGUGUGCAGGGCAUGAAUGAAGACCUUCUGAUUUGGAAAACUAAAGUUGAGCAACAGCUUAUGGAAAUAGCCAAUAAAUUGAGUGAUGGACGAACAUUGAGAGAACUCACCACUUCAAAUUAUCUUCCGGUAAGCUGGGAGGAUUGGCUAGAAAGCACCAACCUAGACAAUAUUCAUGGAAAUGAAUUUUCUCCGUGGUUUGGGAAUCCUGAGCUGCUUGAUGUUCCACAAGAGAUUGUACUUCAAGAGCCGAACUCAGCCCUACCAAUUCAGCUGCAAAGUGUAGAACCGACUAACAUGAAGAGUGCUUCCCUUAUUUCCCCCACUUUUGAUUACAGCAAUUUGCAAGAUUUGGUGCCAAAGAAGAUCGAUGAAUAUCAACCUAAUGUGAUCCCUGAUUCUUCUAGGGCUGUUAAUUCUAAGUCUGACCUUGACAAUUCGUUGAUAUUGUGUCAGCAGGAAAUGUUCUUGGAAUUAUUUACAUCGAGGGAUAAAAUGGAGCAGCAGUUAUUGGAGAUAUCAAAUACUGUAUAUGGCAUGCUGACAUCGGAAUAGACUUUACAUCAAAUCAAAAUAGGGAGCCUAAUUUCAGGAUUCCAAAUUUUAACCAUUUUCUUUUGUUACUCUCAGAGUGUAGGGUUUAGAUAUUGUACAGCUUUAACAAUCUAAUGGUGAAGGAAAAUCCUUUUCCCAACCAUAAAUAGAAGCCUCAUCUGAAUCUCACCCAUAGUAAGCUGCAAAUUGUUGAUACUUUCCCUGGCCUUUCACAGUACAGUCAAUCGGUAGGACUGUUAUUUCAAAUGACAGUUUUUAAGUUUUGUUAAGUAAAUUAAGCUCCUCUUGGUAGCUCUUCUGGUAGGCUUUAAUGUAACUUUUUUUGGCUCGAGUGCUCAUGAAAACAUGUACUUAAACCUUAUUUGAGGAUAACUUGUUAUAUGUAGAAUUUCUGCAGUAUAGUUAAUCUGAUACAGUGGAUUAUGUAAUUAUAUAA